UAAUAAAGUCUUAACUACUUAUUUUUCAUGCUUAAUAUGGAUUAAUGUAACAUAGUUUGACCUAAUACUGCAUUUUUUGCGUUAUAAUCAACAAUCAAAACCAUAUAAUAAUCGAUUUAGCGACAAAUGCAUCAAAACAAAAGUACACGGUGUUCAAAAAUCAACGAGGUAGGAAAUAGUGGUAGCUUACAAUGCCAGACUGGCUGUAUCUGUGUGCCAUUGGCUUCGUAUUUAGUGUUUUUAUAAUUGCUAGUUUCUUGAUUUACUCGGGACUGCUUUCAGAAGUCGUAGUAUUAACGGGAUCCCCUCCAAUAAAGAAGAUCACCAUUGUUUAUAAGUUUAUUCAAGGACCAUACAAGAAUUGCGGCCAUGUUUUCAAGGAAUCCCAGAGUAUUGGGCCAACGCUGCCAUGCAUUGGAGUGUUUUAUGACGAUCCUAAAAAGGUGCCGGGGCCCAGCUGUCGCUGUGCUGUCGGGAGCAUUGUGAGUGAAGGAGAAAACAAAAUCCCAGAGGAUCUUCUACAGAAAUAUGAAACAUCUGGAUUCAGCGUCUUCUCCUUUCCAGAAGUUACACAUGUGGUGACUACGUCUUUUCCCCAUCGGACGUGUCUCUCCAUCGUCCUGGGAGUCAGAAGAGUUUACCCACAACUAACGCAAUACAUCAAGGAGAGGAGGCUGUGUGCCCACCCCUUCAUCGAGGUCUACAGAGCAAGACACAUCCAGUACAUCACCCCUCUGGCUCGACAAGGGGACUUUUAUGUCCCAGAAGUCCGGCCACUGUCCACACACGAGGACUCCCUCAGUGAAUCAGAUGUAUCAGGCGCAGAAUCAAACAGUGAGUGCAGCCUGGGUAGCGGGGUGGCUCUGUCCGACAGCAGAGAGUCCUCCUUGAACAGAUCUUCAGUCCAUUCCGGUCCACUGAGGGGUUCUUGUGAUAGACCAAGCAGAAGCAGGAGAUCCAGAUCCAAGGAAUGGAGCUGGGAUCAACAUGGCCAAAAAGAAGGAGAGAGAGGAGACGCGCUGUGAGGGGGAGUCCAUCCAGAAGAGCCAGGAGGUCUCCACUCAGGAACUGUGGGGAGUGGUGGGAGAGGAGGAGUAGAGACUUAACCAGUAACAAAUGUGAAUGAUCUUACCUCAAAGGGCUGUAAAUGGCGUCACAAUCAAGUGAUAGUUUGGGCGAUCAUAAGUGGCACAUUAAAAUUUAAAGAUGCUCUAUGUAGCAUUUCUAGUGGAGGAUACGCUACCUGUGUCCAUGAAGAUGUUUGCUUUGAUUAGAUUGCUCCAAAAGUAUGGCAGUAAACUAGUUUAUCUUCAUCGUGAUAAGGUGAUGACAAGCAGGUUACAGGUCAGAUCUGUAGAAAGGAGACCCAACUCACUGUAAGAAUGCAUGUUUUUCAGGGGAUUUUGAACAAUCAAAAUACCCAUAAUCAUCCUAAGUAAAGUAAUAGCAGACAAGUAUUUAGCAGACCUUCCAUCCUCCAUCAGAAAUGUUACAUAGUGCACCUUUCCAUGUGAUUUGGUUCAUUUACCAAAAAGCCUAGUAUAGCAGAAGUAAAAGGUCCUUUUAUUUUUAAUCUGGAUGUUGAUUUAAAGUGGCGCAACAAGGGACGCAAAUGGAAUUGAAAACUGUGAAUAAAUUGUGGCUUUUUGUAAAGCUGCUUGGUUGUAUCUGCAAAUACAAAAUGAUGAUUGUGGUUAUUGUAGUUUUAAAUUGCUUAAUAAUCUGCUGACAUCCAUAGAGGGCUUAAUAUAAUUGACAUGCUUGAUUAGCUUUAAAAAUCAAACUGCCACCAUGUUUAUACCUCAAGUAUUUCUGUUUUACAAGUGCCUGUUGGACAAAACCAAACGCAAUUCAAUGCAAAUGUCUACAUAUGGUAUUGAUUUUGAUUUUGUAAUAGUACUGACUGUGACUCUUCUUUGCAACUUUCCACGUGCUGUACAUCAACAAGCUACAGUAUUGUGCAAAUGUUCAGUUAUUUCUGUUUGUGUAAUAUAUUGAAGUUUAUAAUAUAUUAUAUGUCUCUGGGUUUUCUUCGCAACUUCCAAAGAAAUUUAUGUAAAAAUGAAUUGGUAACACUUAACAAUAACUACACUUUAAUACACAUAAUACUACACUUUAAUACACAUAAUACUACACUUUAAUACACAUAAUACUACACUUUAAUACACAUAAUACUACACUUUAAUAGAGCACAAAGACUUAAGUCAUAAUUAACAAGUAAGUUUUUUUAAGAAUGAUUCAGACUUAGUAACUACGUAUUAAUACUCCUAAUCUUGACCCCU